ACCUCGCUGCGCUGCGCUGCGCUCCGCGACUCAUCCGCUCCGCUUCUCGUCCUGCGAACUCCCUCUCGCCGCGAGCUCGAGGGUGCUCGGUUGCUAGAACACUUGAGGAAGCUUUAUUCGCGCUAACAAACUCAAGUCGCAACUGUGUAGUUUGAGUGCGUGUCUUAGAUCACUGGUAAAGGUAUAACGGAUAUCAUAAAAAAUAGGCGAGGGCAAAGCCAGGAUACUGACGACUAACUUCUAACUGGUAUCAACCGACAACUUCAGGAUGACAUCUAAAGUGCUAAUGAAACUACCAACAGUGCCCUUCCCUCAAGGGAAGAAAGCACCACCCGACUUGGUCUCCUUGCCCGAAAGAAACGAUGGAUUCGCACACGUCAGGCAUCAAAGCUUGAACGUGGACAGAGUAAUGCAACUGGAGCAGAACAUGAAGUUUCUACAAGAACAACAUCAGGCAACUUUGGUCGCUUUACAUCAGGAGAUAGAAUGCCUGCGUCAGAGAAAUAGAGAUCUGCAAUUUCAAUUAGUAUUUUCUAAAAGAGCACACUAUGGUGUGGCUAGUAGUCCUUCUUCGCCCGAAGAUAAUGGAAAUGGGUUUGCGAAAUCAAAGGGUAGCCCAAUAUGUGUCAAUGUAACACCUUUGCAAGUGGAGCUUCUGGAGAAAGACUUGCAAGAUAUUAAGGUGUCGUUACAAGAGGCGAAAACACAUAACCAGUACUUGUCGAACAUUAUAGAGCAGCAAAAAAAGAGAUUGGACAUAACGGAAGACCAGAGAAACAAAGUUGAAGUGGCGGACGUGGGAAUUCAAGUCGGAGAUCCCGUGCAAGCGAGCCUAGUUGUGCUUUUGGAGGAAUCGUAUGCGAUGGUGAAACGGUUGCACAAGGAGAAUAUGGAUCAAAAGAAGGAGAUAGCCUCGUUAAAGGCGGCUUCCUCGGCAAACUACGCUGGUACUAGCAGAAACGGACGUUCCCGCGACGGUAAUAAUUCCCAUUACAAUCGUGGUUCGCCUACGAGUACGACGCAGGAACAGACGUCUCGUAAAUUUCCACCGUUACCAGUACCGAGCUACUGGCAUCGUAGAUCACCGAGGUACAGCACGAAUCGACACGAGAAGCAAGACCACCAGGCAGAUACGGACUCGACCGUUUUGCCGCAACUCCAGAACGGCAGCGUGAAGUCAGCGGAAGCGGCCAGUUUCGAAUCGCCGUCUUAUCGAUCGCGCGAGUACCGCAAUUACGGCCGCGACGGCAACAAUCGUAAAUACAGAGGUCAGGCGUCGCGAAGAGACAGCAAUCAUUAUUACCAUUCUCGCGAAUUUAAAGACAGAAAUUCCAAGGAUCAUCCGAGAGACAUGAACGACACUGGUGAGGGCUCGAAAGACGCGGUUAAUCCUCGAAGACAGUAGAUCGCGAUACACGUUGCCGAUGCGUAAAGAUAGUGCGAUCUGGCAAGGUUUAUAGUCCUCUGGGACUAUAACGCAUUGAGAUUUUAAACACAUGAGAAUUUCGAUACUAUACCAACUAUAAGACUUAUCGUUAACGAGUGAUCAAUGUUCUCUUCACUGGUGCUGAUCGAUCACGAGUCUCAUGCAUAUAUAGCAUGCAAUAGGAUAGCGACGACGAAUGGGUAUAAACUGUACGAUUUUCGAUGGAACAAUCUAGUUUAUAUUCUAAUUUUAAUUGUUAUAGGCUGCCAUAAAGGGAUGUAGGAACUUGCGCUUUGUAGAUUGACGAUAAUCAGCAGAGUGUUUAGCGGAAGACUUUUUGCUAGACAAGAAGACUUUUUUUCUUCCUACACACAGAAACGAGAGAAAAUGAGUACGACCAAGGGCUCACUAUAAGUGCUAGCUUUUUGGCUGAUGCUCGUAACUUCACAGACUUGAGCUUAAUAUGCGUGCAAUAAUCCGAUAUGCUGUCGACGCAUGUGUGUACGUGUAUUAAACUUUUAAUCGAUAAUGAAGCAUUAAAGAGUCGCUUCUGAGAGUCAAAUCUAGUCAUUUUCACGUAUUCUAUUGAGACAACAAAUCGUUGAACGAUUUAGCAUUAUAUACACAUAGAUAUAUAAUACAUAUACAAAUAUAUAUACAUAUACAUAUAAAUAUGUAUAUAUAUAUUUAUAUUUUUUAUUGGUUUUAUGUGUAUCUAUAUUGUUAAUGUAUUUGUUACGUACAAUGCAUUAUAUUUCAUCAAAGUAAAGUCAAGUUAUAUUUUAUUUUGAUCUUGCGAUAAUAUUAUACACACAACCUGAUUGUCUUGUAAAAAUAUGCACGAAUCUAUUGCAUUUGAUUAUUCUCCUCUUCGACAAGUUUCUUUAUUUUUUCUUUGACUAUUUUCAACUACGAAACAUUUAAAGAUUAUUGGACUUGUCUACAUUAGGCAAGAAUUUUCGUAAUUUCUACUUAUAACCGAGUCUUGAAUUUUAAAAAUAGCAGAAUGUAUGUAGUAUUGUUAAAUUUAUUCAUUUUAGAAAAAUUCGCGGAUACCCUGCGGAAUAACAUGGAAAAAAUUUGCCACAUUAAUCGGAUUAUAAUACAGAAGUGUACUUUAUAAUUACGUAAAAUCUUGUACGCUUAUGAAUGGAUGAAUUAUCAAAAUAAUAUAAUAUCAUAACAAUCA